UGUGUGUGUGUGUGUGACUGUGACGAGAAGGAGGUCUCUGCGGAACAAAAAGAGGCUUUUCCCAAUUUUUGGGCGUCUUCAAACUGAAAUAGGUGUUUUCCCAUCUCUUUCUCUGAUUUGCUCAAACUGAGUGGGCGAUUCCCAAAUGCAUUUUCCCAUCAACCCAAGUAACGUUAUAGAAAGUGAUGCGGAAAUUAAGCACAAGCGCCGUCUGCUACUGAGAGAUCGCCUAAAUAUGAAUCACAUAACAGUUCAGCGGAGAGGUAAAGAUCCUCAACCACAGCGCUGCCAUGAAGAUGCUAAUUUAUUCACAUGCCCUUUCUGCUCAUCUGACACAUACAAGCCAUGCCAGUAUCAUCAAAUAAUGACCCAUAUAGCUGGACAUAAACUGAGAUCUGUUGAACAUGGAGAUUAUGUUAUAUACAGCUGUGGCCUUGGCUGUGGUCAAAAGGCCAAACAUUUUCACUGCUGUCAGUGUCCACAGACCUACAUAAAUAAAGGUGCCUUAAAAGAGCAUCUUUGCAAAAAACACCCCAUAUCAGCUUUUACUGCUGCUCUACAACCAGUCGCUCGUCCAGCACAAGAAACGUCUUCACAGCAACCAGUCGCUCGUCCAGCACAAGAAACGUCUUCACAGCAACCAGUCGCUCGUCCAGCACAAGAAACGUCUUCACAGCAACCAGUCGCUCGUCCAGCACAAGAAACGUCUUCACAGCAACCAGUCGCUCGUCCAGCACAAGAAACGUCUUCACAGCAACCAGUCGCUCGUCCAGCACAAGAAACGUCUUCACAGCAACCAGUCGCUCGUCCAGCACAAGAAACGUCUUCACAGCAACCAGUCGCUCGUCCAGCACAAGAAACGUCUUCACAGCAACCAGUCGCUCGUCCAGCACAAGAAACGUCUUCACAGCAACCAGUCGCUCGUCCAGUAGAAUCAGCGGCUCCACUAGUGAUUAAGAGAAAGAAAAUCACUGUGAGUUGCCCUCACUGUGGUGUAAGUCUGAAUUCAAAAAAUUUAAAAAAACACAUUGAGCGUAAACAUGAAGCCAUAAAUCCCAUAACUUCAACUUGUCAUCUACCAGCACAGUGUGUUGAUAAAAAGAAUGGGAUAUAUGUAGUGGCUAAAACGUUUCGUGGGCCCUGUAUCCCCAUUCAUGUGGCAAAAAAAAUUUGGGGCUCAUCACAGAAGGUUAUGUGUGAAAUGGAUGUCUGCAACACAUGUGCUGAAAUGGCACAAAGGAGUGACCUUUUGGUAACACCGUGUGUUCAUCUAAGGUCAGUAGACUACUCCAGUGCCAUUGCGCCUAAUGAAGAUUUAUCAGAAGAUGUGUUAACUGAGAUGGUUGAGCAAAAAUGGUUUGGUGACACAAGGAAAAACCAAUGCCUUAAACAGCAAGAUCAGGCUAAAAGUAAAGGUGCCACAUUUGCUAGCCUUGUUACUAUUGGAGGCCCUGACUACAAGUAUUACAUAUCUGUAUAUGAGCCAAAGGUUUCACAUUACAGUAGAUUGGCCAGAGUCUUGGUUAAUUACAAUUCCAAGACAAACACUUGGCAUUGUCCUUGUCUCAAAGGUAGAAAAUCAUGCCUGCAUAAGAGUAUUGGAAAAUGGUGUCUCUUUCAAAUGAAGCGGCAGCUCUUCACAACGCUGCCACAAGCUGAGGCAGUGAGAGAACCAUCACAACAUGAGGAUGUCAUGAUGUCUGGCCAACAGUGGGAAUAUCCUCCAAAGGGUGAAGGCCUGAAGCAGAUGGUACAAUAUAUUUACCAUAAUAAAAAGCUUCCUGAGACACUAUCAGAUGUUUUUACAGAAGAUGUAAAGGAGGAAGAUAUUCCUAAACAUCUUAUUCCUGAGGAGGAGUUCUGCUCUCAGUGCCCUGGACCUGUUCACCUCAGUGAUCCUAUCCUCAUCACCAGAAAUGCUAAAGUUGCAAUGCUCACUGGUGUAGUGACUGGAAUAUCCACAUAUUGCAAGAAAUGCAGUAAUUGUGGUCUGUUUUACCGAUACCAGGACUGGAUGCAUGGGCUUCACAAUUUUAAUGAUCAACUGCUGCUAACCGUCUUUCUGUGCAUUUUCAUAAGGAAUUCUGUGCAGGCUCAUGUGUCAGUUGGAAGAGUGCGUUCCAUUUUGCAAAAGACAUCACAUGUGCCUUACCCAAAGGAGUUUUUUCAUGCAUAUUUACAUUUUGAGGCACUGACCCACCAUGAUUAUAACUUUUCAUGUCUAAAAUGUGGUCAUCAUCCUCCAGUUGUUGUGAUGGAUUUACACAGAAAGGGAGUGUUCAGCAUGCCAGUCAGUGACAUAAGUGAACCACAUGAAACCUACAAUGGUGAGGUGAAUUCAGAGGACUUCUGGGAGACUCUUUCAAUGGAGAGGAUUGCAGCUGGCUUGUUGAAAAUUGGGGACAGAAAUCCUUACAAUAUAAAACCCAAUUUUGAAUACUGGGCCCCCUGGAUCGGCAGAUACACACGCAAGGCACCAAUUGUGUUAAACACAGAGUGGCAAAAAGUGCAGAGCACAAGUGCACAAGACCUCAUCACUGAAAUGGACAUAACCGAGGAAAGACUAAGUGAUGAAUUAAUGAAGCUAAAGGUUGCUGACAUUCGAAAACUUUGCAAGGCCUGUGGAGUUGCUACUCAAGGAUCAAAGACUGAUCUUCUAUCCAGACUGAGAGGACAGAUGCAAACCAGAACUGCAUAUGACAAAAUAUUUCAGAAAGUUUGGGGAGCAUCAGGUGGAUGGGCAGUCAUUUUAUGCCCUUGUGGUGUGGUUUACAGUGUGAAAUGUCUCAUCCGUGCUGAAAGUCCUAGAGACUUUUCUGACAUGUUGUUCUCUUGGAAACACAUGCCAAACAUCUGUAUUUAUGAUUUUGCCAGAGGACUGGCCACCCAUUCCAAUGUCCGGAGACCAGAGGCAAUGCCAUUUGCACCAUUUGACGGGCGGCUUGCAGAGGAUACAGAAGACAAUCUGAGGGCUGCACUGAGUGGAACCCUUACUGUUAGCCUACCUUGGCUGAAUGAAAAGAAGUUGGAUGAAGAUGUCAGUUGCCAUCCAGUGACUGGAUCCUCAGAUCACUAUGCCCUAUAUGACAAAUUCCACGAGUCUAAUUCUAAGGAUGUGCGAGACUCACUCAGAAAGAUCCAGCUUGUUCCAGAGUUGGCUGGUAGUGUUAACACACAAGCCGCAGAACAGCUUUUUUCUGGAAUGCGGAAGAAUAACUACUUCCUGAAUAUGAUGUCUCCCACCACUCACAUGUUUUUUGUCAGAAAUAUUUUGCACAUUCAGAAUGAGGAGAAAAACAAAUCAAUGCUGAAAAAAAUCCAAAAGUGCCACUCAAAAACUACUGUGAAUCUCCAAAAAGAUUCGCUUGGACGUCUGGUUGUAGAUAAGGAGAACAGGGGUCCUGAAAGAACCAGACUACACCUGAUUAAACCUACUAAAGCUUGCUGGAGCAAGCCACUGAAUCGAUCACAGCGUAAACUGGUGGCUCAAGCUCUUUCAGUAAGUAAGGAUGAUGAAGUGGCAUAUGUGGGCUCUACAGUAAUAAAACAGAAAGACUUUACAACUCUGACAGAACUUUCUGAGGUUGAAGGAAGUGUGCUGAAUUCCUGCUUUUGUGUUCUGCAACGGAUUGCCCUCUCACAGAAUGUGGACAUCUAUCCAGUUAACAGCCAUGUCAUUGUGACCUGGUUACCUCCUAUUUGUGCACAUCCACUGGACAGCUUACCUCCUGAAAUUAGCAGCAAGGAUGCUGUGGUCUUUCCAUCUUAUGUGCCAGGACACUGGAUGCUGUGUAGAAAUUGCUCUCAGCCUCUGUCCUGGGCCAUGGACUGAGUUCUUCUCGGAGGACCUUGAGGAUGUUCCUCGACAAGAGUUGUCUUGUAGCUGUGGAGUCUUCACACUAAUGUAUGCUCUCUAUAUUACUCUGGGUGGAACGUUUGACUUCUCAGAGUCAGACAUGCCAAGUAUUAGAAGAUGGUGGUCUGCCCUUUUGCUGGAGCUGUUCCCACCAAGAUCAUUCACAAAAAGCCAGCAAAGAAAAAAGAGACGAAUCGGGGCUGACAAGAGACAAGACACUGUUGCAACCAGUGACACACCACUGAACAUACAGCAGGCAUGUAUUUGCCAUUUUAUUCGAUCUCUAAACUGCAGUUGGAUUAUUAUGACCACAACUUUUGUUCCUCCACAGCUUCCUCUGGUAGUUCUUCGAGCAAUCUUGCUGGAAGUUGUUGUUCAUGAUGGUGAUGUUGCAAUCCGCACCCUUGCCCUUGCUUCUGUUACUCGAAAUAAAACACUUUUGAAUCAAUCAAUGUUCUCCAUUUAUUCCUCUUCACUCCACUCCGUCACAACGCACGUUCAACAACAACCCCACAGCCCGGAACUUCAUAAUAAGAGUCCCUUUU